UCGAUUCCAUCCCAACACAACCUAACACGCUUUCUCUCUUUUUAUAAUUUUUUUUCUUUUUUCAAAAUCUAUUUUCCUUAAUUGUCGGUAUUUGUAACGGACUCUGUUCUUUUUGAGCUUUUUGACAAACCGCGAUUACCGGCGAAUCGUCUCUUACUCUAGGCGAACGUUUGCUAUUGGGAGCUGAAGGAGGAUCUCUCGGAAUCUAGUGUCUUAUUGUCUGACGGAGAUCUCCUUCAUCUCCAGAUCUCGAAUCGACUUGCAAUUCAGGUUGGUGGCUUAAACUAUGGUUCUUGAUGGGAUUGUAACAUCACCAUUACGAAGGCCACACGCGCUGAAGAAGCAAUGGGAGGACUUGGGUAGCUUCUCUACUGUUUUCCGGAGGCAUCGCUUUCUUUUAACCGCUAUGCUCCUUCUGGCCUUCCUCUGCACCAUCUAUAUCUACUUCGCCGUCACUUUAGGCGCUAGGCACUUGUCGUGUUCGGACAUGACCGGGAAAGAGAAGGCAAUCUGUCAAAUGGAACACGUCCAUGCCAGUUUCUCUAAAGUGAGGAAACUGAAAUUCUUUUAAAGAGUGUCAGCUAAAGCUGAUUACGCAUUAUUAUGCAAUGUGUGUGUAACAACAACAGCCUAAAGAAAUUGGUUAUGUUUAAUCAUAAUGUAAAACUUUUUGUAUUUUUAUUUGUAUUAUUUGAUUAUAUGUCCCCAAGAUGAUGAUUCCACAAACAUUGUAUAAAUGAAUCUUUGUAAUGGAAUUGUAAUACUGAAAGGUUUUUGGUA